CGAUCAGACAGAGACACUCGCGGAUCAACCAUCAACCAAUCCACACAAAUCACACACUUGGCCACUCUCCAUUUAGCGUCUCGUCUCGAUUCACGCGCUCAUCUACGCCUACUCCAAUGGGCCCCUCCGGCGGUCUUGCCAAUGCGAUUAAAUCGUUGCUGGCUUCUGGGAAGCACUCCGACUUUGUGAUCACUUGUGGCGACGAUGUCUAUAACGUCCACAAGGCCAUCCUGUGCAGCCAGAGCGAUGUCUUCGAUGCUGCGAGUCGAUUCGGCAAGGAAAGCGAGGAUGGCCGAAUGGAUCUAGCCGAAGACGAGCCGGAGAUCGUGAAAUACAUGAUCCAAUACCUCUACGAGGAGCAAUACGAAGUUCCUCGCGCCCAGGACGAACCCUCUGUAAGAGUGGUUAUAAAUUUUGUGGACCUUCCUGCAAACAAAAAGGUGCAAGCACGUACAUUGGUCGAAGGCAUCCCAUCCCUGAGGCGAGAUCUCUAUGAUCGCUUCAUCAAAAUUAUAGCCAGUGAUGGGCAGGUAUUGUCCGAGAAAGUGCUUGGGAGAGUCCAGUUGUCCGGCGAUAUGGACAGACUCGUCAACCGGCAGUUGCUUAGGCUGCUUGAACAAGCCCACGAAGACUCUUCACAUCCGCCCACACAUCUAUUCCCGUCAGACCGUGAACUGGUCGUCCAUGCCAAGGUCUAUGCCAUUGCGGAUAAAUACCACAUUGAUGGUCUCAAGACGUAUGCCGCAAGCGCUUUCGCCGGAGCCAAAGUCGACCGUUCCACUUCUCCAUUCCUGUACGAUGCCAUUGACGUGGCGUUCUCCACCACUCCUGACGAGGAUAUCGGACUCAGAGUAUGGCUGGCCUACGAUGUACUAGGACAACUGAAUCAAUUUGGCCUGUAUCCCCGACUGAAGGAGAAGUUGGAGCAGGUCCCAGAGCUCGCUACAUUUGUACUAGGCCUGCAAUUUGGGAAGCAUACUUCAUAGGGACCCUAUUCGCUAAUUCCUAGGCCCUAUCUCCCGCUGAGGAAAGCGACACUCUUUCUCCGCCCGGCAGAGCAUUUCAAUCCAGUGUCCACGGUCGAAGCCAAUCAGGCUUCAUGACCCGAAACAGAAGCAUUUCCUUUCAUUCGGCCCUGGUGUGCUAUAGUUAUCUCGUCUGAAGGCGCCGACUCCGUAUAUGGAGCCAGCUUCUUUCCGAUUUGGCAGGAUUCAUAGGACCCAGAAUGACACCAGGGUGCGCUUUCGGCAACCCAUUCGCACAGUAAAGUGUGCAACCUCGCCGCCGCACGGGAUGCUCGCAAAACCAGAGAUCUCCUUACUCAUCAUAGCCCUACUCCUACUCAUUAUAGCCCUGCUCCAAGAUCUUUCGCUAUCCAUAUAUAUCCAUUACCGUCGCAAAAACAGCAUGUUCGCAAGAAAGGCC